AUGUUAAAUAAUAAUAAGCAGGGGAGAAGAAAAGGUGAAAUUUGGAACUAUUUCACCAAAGGACAAAAACUAAAUAGUUCACAUUACCAAGCAAAUUGUAUUUAUUGCAAUUUAAGUGUUCGUGGUGUUAAUAAAAUUAUGACAAAACAUCUGCAGGAAUGUCCUGAAGUUGAUGAAGACCUUUGUGCAGAGUUUUCUGAUUUAUUUGAGCUUCCUAAAAAAAGAACCAAAAAUGAUGAUAAUGACUCUCAAGAGAUGACUGAAUUAAAUGAUG